AUGAGUUCCUGGAAGUGGCUUCCUAGUUUCAUUUUCCUAGUCUGUCUGAUAAACCUUGUUUCUAUUGUCAAAUCCCAAUUCCCAACUCAGAUAUUUUUCUUCUAUGAAUGUCAAAAUAAUGGUAAUUACACGAGUAAUAGCCCAUACAAGACAAACCUUGACAACCUCCUCUCAUCUGUCUCGACCAAUAUCAACACCAAUAAUGGAUUCUACAACAAAUCCAUUGGAGAAAAUUCAGAUAGAGUCAAUCUCAUUGCGCUCUGUAGAGCAGAUCUUCAGCCUUCUCAGUGUCGUGAUUACGUCAAAAAUGCUACGGCCGAAAUCUUAAAGAGGUGUCCAAAUCAAAAACAGGCAAUCUUAUGGCACGAAUUUUGUAUGGUACGAUAUUCCAACGAGGCUAUCUUUGGAACUCUUGCAAAUUCCCCAAUGAAACCGGCUUAUAGUGUGGAAAAUGUUACAAAUACAGACGUUUUUUACCGGGAGUUGGACGUACUGUUGAACAGCCUUCACGACCAUGCCGCUUUUAAUAGCUUGCCGAAGAAGUUUGCUGCUGCCACUCGGGGUGUGAAUGAUCCGAAAUAUCCGAAAAUUUAUGCAUUUGAACAGUGCACACCUGAUAUAACCUCAGUGGAAUGUGGUGAGUGCUUAACAAAAUCUGCCCAACAGAUUCGAGAAUGCUGUAACGGUGCAAGAGGGGUUAGAAUCCUUAGGCCUAGUUGCUAUCUUCGUUUCGAAACAGAUCCAUUCUACAAUGAGACGAUGGUUGAAUCACCAAAGCGGUCAAUGCCACCACCGGCUGCGCAGCCGGCUCCGCAGAGGGAUGGGCGAUCCAGUGGGUCCACAUACCCCCACUGGAAUUUGGGACUUUUUCUCUUUUCUCUUUUUAAUUUUAUUGCCUGA